AGAUUUGCGAAAUCUGAUGAUUUUGAUGGUAUUAAUGUUUGUUACUCUUUCAUGCCUCGACUACUGAACCGAAUCAGCUGAAAUUUGGUAUUGAGAUAUAUUAUAGCCUGGAUUAACACAUAGGCUACUUUUUAUCCCGGAAAAAUCCAUGGUUCCCGAGGGAUUUGUGAAAAACUAAAUUUCACGCGGAUGAAGUCGCGGGCUUCCGCUAGUAAUAAUUAUAUUUUCCAGUUCGAACCCACGGCCCUAGAUUCAAAAGCUAUGGUCACUACCCACUGUGCCACUCGGUCGCCAAACAACGGACAGAUUCUGGACAUUUCUGAAAACAUGAUUUAGAUAUGAAUAAUUAUGAAGAUACCGACCCUACAGAUACAAAAAAAAGCGAAUAUCAAGAAUUUGAACCAGUCACAAUAUACUCGAAGAAUCUCGACAAUAUAACUGCCAAGAAUAUAAAUUGCGAUGAUUUCUCUAGCUACGCUGUGGACUGCAGGAUUGAUGCGGCUUUAAUUUACAACUCCACUAGGAGGACGCCGCCUUCUCCUGCAAAAAUAUAUCAUUGGUGCAGAGCAAUAAAACACCUAACCAACUGCGCUAUAGACUGGAAUGCCGACUGUAAGGUCGUUACCGACACUCUGUUCAAUGAAGAAAGCAUUAAGGGACAUAUGCACGUUGUCAACAGCAUUUGUGACGACGAAUGGUUUCUUAUACGUUAUUCAGACACAGAAGAAUGUAUUCAUAAUACAGCAGAUGCCUGGGAGAACUGCUACUUUAUAUUCAAGCACGCUAUAGAGGAUGAAAAGAAUACUUCGUAUGAAUGGACACAUUAUGAGGUUCACUUCAAUUUGUGUUGUGCCCGCGCCAGUUUCCGUCGCUGCACACUGGAAUCUCUGUUCGCGUUUAACACUGGCUGCAACUAUUAUCAGUCAUCAAUACUGCAGAAAUACUCAGUCAUUGUCUCCGAAGGAGACGUUUAUCAGGACUGUGAUCGUGACAUGAUGUAUAAAAACUGCCCCGGAGGAGACCCGCGUCCCUCCGUCACUCGGCUGUCACAUUUGAUGAAUUCCAGCCGACGUACCAGCGCGACAGUUGGUUGGCACGGUCACUGUUUGCGGAUACCGAUGUUUGUGCAAGCCAUUUUCUUUUUGUUAAUAUAUUUUUAAUUCUUAUAUACUGCUUUUGAUUCAUAAAUGUGUGGUAACAGGGUUUAAUGAGACGACAGUAGAUGCACGUUGUAUUGUGACGUUAUUGUUCUUACUUACAUAUGGCUGUUAAUUCGCCUUUAUGGGGACGGGAAUCGUUGAUUAGGAGUUUUACCGUUUAUCCAGAUUUUAUCUAUUAUUAUCUUGUUAAUCUAAUUAUUUAUCUAAUUUAACAUGAAAUGCGAAUAGCAUUUGUUGUACUUGUACGUUAGUACCUAAUACCUUAUUUGUUUUUGUUUUUUUUUUAUUUAUCUUUUUUAUUUUUAGAUAUUUGUAUAUGAAGUAAAUAUUUCAUCAUCUAUCUUUUUAUAUAAAAUUUAUAUAAAUAGAUAGAUGAGAAAAUAUUCUACUUCAAAAGUAAUUUGUUGUUUACCAGUACUAUAUAAGCUAAAGCACCAGGAAAAGGCUUUGUGUUGGUUGAGGGGAUGUGAGUUUAAUUUUUGUUUACAAACCAAGUAUAUUCAAAGUUUUAAGUUCUUAGUAUCUGGUAUACCAAGCUCGUAAAAUAUUAUUUAGCUACUAAAAUAUUAUAAUCAAGCAAGUAAUAAAUCUACAAAAUAAACAAAACUGAAGAGUCAGGAGAAACUAAAGCCUUACUUGAUGUGCACUGUUUAACAACAAAUAUAUUAGAAAUGCAAGUAGAAAACGCAUAUCAUUUUAGCAAACUCGUUCAUUUUAAAUUGUGCAUUGAAUUUUUAUAAUGUUAUUCAAAAUAAAAUAUUCUUUCUAAAUUUUUUGUAAAUUUCAUGUUCUUUAAUUUAGGAACGAGGUUUAUGUAUUAGUGUGUAAAUUAUUUGAAUGUAUGUAUUUUAUUUUUAUUUAUACAACCUGCAUUCUCGUGUUUUUGCAUUUGCCUGAAGAAAUCGGUACGCAGGGAUAAGGCCGCCUUUUGUAUCGUACUACUGUGCUAUACUUUUGUCUGUCUUGUUAUUUGUUUUUUCUUAUG